GGUGGUGCACGCGGCGUUGAACGGCGCGACGUUCGGGACGCCUGAGUACGUUGCCUUGCUGGACCCUCAUGGGGACCCAAUGAUUUGCAGCCAUGGGAUUAACGCGAUGCCCGAGACACUUCAGGAGACCAUCCAGCGCAAGCGCAUCUGCAGUGACCUUGAUGCCCUGAUGAGUGAAAAAGGCAAUAUGAAGAAUGUUAUCAGCUUCCUUACUUCCACUGACACAUUGAAGAUUCUCGCCGACGGUUUGAGGGUGGAGCUCGAUGAUUUGAAGAAGCUCGCGCUGGCGAGUAUUGAAGAAGGCGAGCCGAUGGAGUUGCCCGAGUUGAAGGCGCUACAGAGCAGGAAGCGGACUUACGUGGGGUACAUGUUGGGGGCGCGGGCCACGGGGCUGCACAUCGCGCAGACGGUCGGGAAUGCGAUUCUCCAGAUGCUCGCUGAUACCCAGGGCGCCUCGGAGCUGAACGCGGCCAUGCAGUUGAUUGGCGAGAUUGGCAAGGAGGCGAAACUCAACGAUGGCGCCCUCACGCUGCAAAAGGCCAAGCAGUGGAAGGGCCUGUUCGCACACCUUUGUAAGUUCGAUGCCAGCAAGGACCCGUUCAAGCAGGCGAACAAGGUUAAUAUUGCCAAGGUUCGGGACCACGUGGACUUGGCAGUCAAGCUACUGGCCGAUACGUUCGUACAAGCUGUCCAUGGUGCCCUGGGGCCAGCGGUGGAUACCUUGAAGGCGCAGCUGGCCUCCCAUGGCGUCGACAAGGAAUGCGCGGCCGCGUCGCUGAUUGGCAGUGGCUCGUCCGCUGAGGUCAUCGCGAAGACUUCGGCUGAGAUCGGCAAGCAGUUGGCGGCCGUUGCGAAGGAUGACGACCCCAGAGUGCUCCGCAUCAAGGAGCAGGCAGAGUGUUUGGAGGCCUUGACCGCCCACUUGAGCAACCACUUUCCGUCCUUCACCGCCGCGGACAGCAAGGGCAAGUACGACGUGGCAUCGUCGACCUUCCAACCGUUUCGGGAGUAUCUGUUUCGGUGCGCCCCUGUCGGGGACGAUGAUUUCCCAUUCGUGACUGACUUUGCGCGCGAGCUCCAGGGGCACGUGUUAAACUCCGUGCGAGCGAAGCUGUCUCAGAGUCACGCCGCUGCGGCCCUCGCCUCGUGGAAGCAUGACCUCGACGAAAUUUGUGCCAACGAUGCCAAGUGGAAGGAGUUCGUUCAGUACCUCAAGAUGCAGCUGGCGAUCGACGACGAAAGAUUCUUUUCGAGUUUGGUGGAAUGGCUCCCUGAUGACUUCACGCAGGCAGCUCUCGCAUUGCAAGCCAAGAAGCAGAAGGUUCGGGAGACAACCGACGUCUUCCAUGUGGUUUCGUUCCCCAGGAUGGUCACGGCCGCCAAGGCCUCUGACAUGAAGUACCAGGACGCGCGCAUCAUCAGCGACGGCCUCGCCGAGGAGUGCACCGAGCGCUGGCAGCGCAGCAUCGGGUUCGCGAAGGGGGCGGCGGAGCUCACGGCGCUCGCCGAGCGCAUGUCGGACUGGCGGG